AUGCCAGAUAAUACCCAAGAUGAAGCUCCUGCCACUGGAGGCAGAAGAUCGUCUAGACCGAUGCCAUUGCCAGGCUCUCGAGGAGCCCCUAACUUUGACAAGGAAAAACCCAUUGAGCUGUUAAGAUUCAUUGACCAAAUGGAGGACUUGUUCACAGAGCAUGGUAUCGAUGAUGAUCAAGAAAAGAAGAAACAAUUAGGAAGGUACACGGACCAAAAGACGGAAUUUGAAUGGCAAGCUUUUGACAUGUUUGCUCCUGAAGUUGAAUACAAGGAGUUUAAACAGGUGUUGAUUGAUGAUUAUCCAGAAGCAAAGAUGGCAGGAAAAGGAACACUGGCAAAUUUAAGAAAAAUUUGUAAAGACCAUCAGCACAUCGAUAUUGAUGACUUUAUUGCACUUAAAAACCUUACCAGAAGCUUCCGGGCAGAACAAAAAUUACUCUUGACGCCACCCGCAUUGGACGUGCACAAGGGAUUAGCUCUUCAAGUGAUACCUGGUGUUAAGCUAGAAGAUGAUAUCCGAGAAUUAAACCAGAAAUUUGCGUUACUCAUGGAUAAAAUUACAUCAAGUGAAAAAGCACAAAUGAGUGCCUUCCAAGCAUCUAGACAAGAAAUGAACAAAUUAACUGAGACGUUAAUGACCCAGCAUGUUACCUCAGCACCCACCAUGAGGCAGACACAGCCUACUUGGAGAAUGGGUUCAGAUGGAUGCUGGUACUGUGAAGAAACAGGGCAUUUCGCGAUGAAUUGUCCUCAUAGGGAAGAACAUAUUAGAACGGGAAAAAUUAAAAUGUCUGGUCAUAAGAUGUUUUUCGCGCUCACAGGACAACCAGUACCUAGAGGGACAAAUGGGAAGUCUGCUAAAAUGAUUGUUGAGGAAGCUAGCAAUAAAGAUAUGAUGGCACAAAGCAAUAUGUUUGCAUCGCCUGGAGAAAUUUACACCCAGAACAGCGGAGAGCCAGGUAUCGUCCAGUUGGGAAUUGAUGCUCGAGUGGCACGUCCAUCGGCACAAGAAGUUGACAUAGUCAACAAUAUGAAAAACAUUCUGUCAUAUUUUGAGGGACAGCAAGGUCAAGGUCAAGAAGCUGCAAGUUAUGUAGCUACUAGACGCAGCCAAGCUGAUACUCAGGGACAGCAGGGUUUCUCACAAUUAGCAGAAUUCGAAGAUUCUGAUGAUGAGCAAGAAGAAGAAAUUGAAGAAGUGGAGCAAGAAAUUCCUCCCGUAGUAAUUAAGAAAACCCAGAAAGCUAUACCAAAACCGAAAGAGAAGCCUAAACCACUUCUCCCAAGGGAUGAUGAAGAGGAGGAUCCAGUGCCUAGGCAUAAACAGUUACCAUACUUAAAUAUUCCUGACCUGAAUGAUCCAAGACAAAAAGAAGAAAUAAAGAUUGAUAAUUUUGAGCCAAUUAUUGAUACUGAGAAAAGACCUGUUUCUUAUAAACACCAAGCACCAAUUGAGAAUGUGACACACGAGAGAGAGGCUUUAGCGAAUCUCUAUAAUGCCCCAGUUACACUGACGGCAGAGACUUUGAUAAGCAUUUCCCCAGGUAUUAGACAUGACUUGAUUAAAGCUUUAUCUAAGAAAAGGAUGCCAGUACAACAAGCUCAAAACCGAAAAGUUACUAUGAUGGAAGAGCCUGACAUUGAUGCGGUACCGUUAAAACCUACAAAAUUUGAAUUGGAGGCGGACGCGAUAUCCAUUAAUGAUUUAAAUAUAAAAGCGGCUUUCAUAGUGACAACAAGAGAUGAAGGAAACGUGCCAAAAGGGUCUAUCAUCAUCAGUGAUCCAGUAGCACAAUACCUGCAGAGUUUAGUCGAACCCUGGGGUAACCAUGGAGCCUAUAACACACUUGCAUCCUCCAAGUUUGGGCUAACUCUUGUGAAACCCAGCGACGUCGACUUCAGAAGUGACUGGGAUAGGUCCAUCACGGCCAUCACGACUUUACAAGGCCUCAUCGCAACUUCUCAAGAUCACAAGUUCUUUGUGCUGGCCGAAGGGGUCAACUCUUCCCUUCGUUUCACUGCGCCAAUCUUUACGCUGAAGGAUCCCGCUUUCGAUCCGCCGGGAUCGGAAUUGGAUACCAAUGCUUGGCCAGUUCGCGCGAAUGAGCGGGAAGCCCUCGCGGACUUGGUUCAGACUCAUAAAGUGUUACCGUUGAUGGUCUACGACGAAACCGAAGCGGCCGUGCUACCUAUGAAUGUCACAGAAACGAUCAAAGGGGCUUUAGUUGAGCUCACAUUCCGUCUAAAACACUACUACAUCCAAGACAAAAAUUAUGACACCUUCUCCGCGGCCAUCGAGCAGAUCAUCGUAUUGAAGCGUGCACCACCCAAACAACCCAGCCCCUAUCGACGUGGUGCUGGCCCAGUACGUUUGCCAACUACCGGCCCAACGAGGAGCGAACAAGUUGCUGCCGUAUCCGUGUUUUAUCCUCCUGUCCCGACAGGCUCUGCCCCAGUUCAACUGAACCCAACGCUGGGCGUAGCCACCCCCACAAUCCAAGCAAUCGCAUCGAAGGGCGCAGUUGGAACGGAAAGAAUUCCUAUUGCAGAACAAGCUCCGGUAUCUCCUCUCCAGAGCCCUCUUCCUAUCAGAGGCCCUAACGACCAGUUCACACCUUGGCCUCCAAAUACUCCUCCGCGCCGUUCUGAUGGCUCUUCUACCGCAAGUUCUGAGCCAUAUUCGGAGUUCACAACUCCACAGACACCGAAAACCCCCUCACCAUCUGGACCUACCCAGCAAUCGGCUCUUCCACAGAAUGCAGCGGCGGGACCUUCCAAUCUGCGCUCGGGUCAUACGAUGGUGAACGAUGGUAAGCGUAAGGCUGGUCCUGGGGACGAGGACGGCAGCAACGCAAAAAAAGGAAGGACCGGAGUUUGA